GGUGGAUGUGAUGGAGCAGCUCAUCCAGUCCUCAGAUCUGUUUGUCAUGCAGGUGGAGAUGGAUGUUUACACUGCUCUGAAAAAGUGGAUGUUUCUGCAGCUGAAUUCCUCAUGGGACGGCCCGAUCAAGCAGCUUCUGGCUGACGCUGAUGCCUGGCUUUGCAAACGCAGGACAGACCUGUGUGAGAAAGAACCCUUCUUGAACACAGAGGAGGGGGAACCUUUCCGUUCAGUGUUCAAAUACGUUCGUCUCCAGUAUAUAAUCAACGAUCUCGCGUCUGCACGCAUCCUGGAGAGGGACAACAUUUUGCCCCCUGAUUGGUUGACGUCAGUGUACAAAAACCAGUGGUUUGCUAUGCUGCGGACAGAAUUUGACAAUGACAACGGUCCACAGGAGGCUAACAAAGACGAGUUUGAGCUGAGCAGUAUGAGAUGUGGCAGGAAACUGACCAAAGAUGGAGAUUACUGCUGGCGGUGGACAGGCUUUAACUUUGGUUUUGACCUGCUGGUGACCUACACAAACCGCUUCAUAGUCUUCAAGAGAAAUACUCUGAGUCAGCCAUGUGGGGGCGCUGUGAGUCUGCAACCUCGGAGGCAUCUGGCAUUCAGGUUACGUCUGGCCUCCUUUGAUAAUCGUGGAAAGCUGGUCUGCAGUCGCUCAACAGGUUACCAGCUUCUCACUCUGGAGAAAGACCAGGAGUAUGUGGUGAUGAACCUGGACAGCCGGUUGUUAACAUUCCCCCUCUACGUGUGCUGUAACUUCCUGUAUACGUCGCCUCACUCGGACCACCGUCCCGACUCCUCAGAACAAGAGAGCACGACUCACAGCGUGUCUUGAUGCCUGUUCAGCGGCCAUUAACUGCCACUUCCUCUGGUAACUCUGAGACACUGACACAAGCAUGUACGUACAAUCCAGCGCUACAUUUAAAAUCACUCUCACCUGUAAAAUACCAUCUGCAUGCUGUGUAACGCAGUGAGUUGUUUGGGAAAACGUUUUGUAUCCGUGUAUUCAGUGUUUUGGCACAUUGAGAGAUAGCCACACAUACAUGAGGCUCACGGUGUGAAAGAGACAGUGGCCAGAAGGGAUAAGGCCACCUUUGUCUUUUGAGCAGCUUCAAACUUUUAACCUCUGCCAUUAAGUGUCUGCACUGGGAUGUUGGACCAUUUCUCAAGAUGGAAAACCCCCAAGUUACGUAUGUUAAUGGAACCACUCUGGAAUUUAUUGGUGUGUAUGGGCGCAUUAUCACCCGGGAAUAUGGGAACAUCUUGAGGGAACAGCUCCAGCAGGUAAAACUGGGCUCGUAUGGGAAGUUUCAAGUCUGGUGCUCAUUCUGGCCGCAUGUAAAUCCACUGUGGGAUGUGGUCGGAGGUGUGGCCCUUCGUUUCACUGAUGGACACACUUAAAAACUUAACAGUCGCUUGCACUGACUUGAGUCGACUGCUCUUUGCAGUGAUCACACAUGUAUAUCAACAGUGUUGAAAACUAUCAAGACACAAAUUUCAAGACUUGUGGCUGAAUUCAUGUGGAAGAGAUACAGUGUCUGCCAACACUUACAUUUAAAGAGAGUAAAUUUAAGUUUGACACAGCAUCUCUACCACUCGCUGCUGUUUGGUUACCAGCUGAUAGAGAUUCAGUGUCGUUUUUGCUGCCACAUACCACCGGCAAUCAAUUUAAGCUGCUUUCCCCGCCCGUGCCGCUUUGUGAAAAGCUGCACGGCCUAAAUAAAGCUGAGCUGGUGACUUCACUCAAAAGACAUCACUUUUGAGUUGUUGAAAACUAAUUAAUACGUAGAUGCAGUAAAAGCAGUAGUUUCCGUCUGUGUUUCAUUGCUCUUAAACCCCUGGAGGUCCUUCUUACUCAGUCUUAAGUCAGUUUUUACUCUGUUCAUCAGAGCGGCUUCGGUUAAGGCUCUCGAACUUCAGAGAGCAUCGGACAGCAUCACCACUCCCAGAUUAUACCCAGCAGCAAGUAUCCUUUGUACUUUGUAAAUAACAUUUACUGCAAUAUUUAUAUUAUAAAAAAGAUUACAUUCAAGUAAUAAAGUGAAGUCAUAAAGUCCAACUAACCAUGCUGAUGUAAAGCUGCAUCGGGAGGUAAAAAAAAAAAAAAAUCCAGAUUUAAAGGGACAGUUCACCCACAAAACAAAAAUACAUAUACCCCCAUACAUUUACCCUCAACUGUAGUGCUGUUUAUCAAUCGUGUUUGUUUUGGUUGAGUUGUUGAGUGUUGGAGGUAGACGGAGGUAGAUGGCACUCGGAGCACCAAAAACAUACAUUUGAAAAACUCAACUGCAAUGUCUUUUUACAGAAAUCAUGAUGCCUUUCUCAAGAAAAUCCACAGACCUUGUUGUGAGCAGUUUCACGUAGGAACUAUUUUCUUUUUACACUACACCUGCCAGCCAUUUCACAGCACAGAACGAAGCGUGCAUCUGCUGAACGCGAGCCUCUCGUUUGUGGGUUGAUGCACGCUAACUACCGUGCGGUGAUACAGUUAGCGGUUGUAGUUCAAUAGCAGUAUUUGAUCAAACUGCUUAAACACUCUACAAAUCACACCAAAACUGUCUAGACUGAAAAAUAGAACUACAGCUAAGAGGAACGAAAUGCAUUUUUUAUUCUGAGGCGAACUAAACAUUUUGUGCUUUAGCCUCAUUUUCACAGUUCACACUCGGUUAUCCGAUCAUUGACACCAGCUUUCUUUUGUUCGCAGUAAAAUGUGCAAACUCACAGAAAUGUUGUCAGACUUCAGAUUUUGAGAAGCUCUGCGUUAUUCACCAGCUACACUGUCACGUGUCCAUAUACUGGUGUGACUGGAGUCCACUGUCCUAGUCUGCAGUGCAGGUUGUCACUGUUUGACACAUUUCGAACUGUGUUCUGGCAGGAAACUUGUGAUACAAUACGCAUCACGAUAUAGGGAAUAUAGGCCGGUGUUCUU